UGACAGCCGGCAAGAAAUUUUGAGAAUUGUGACAGAAAAAACAAAACAGUGGUAAACAUGUGAACAUCAUGUUAUAAUCGUUACCACAUAUAUCAGUAUAUCAGGAGGCAAAUAUUACUUGUUUAAAUAUCCUUAUUACCUAUUCUAAAAUGAUAAUUGCACUGCAAAUUUUAAUGUUUUUUCGCGAAUCAUUGAUCGCUGUAAUAGAUAGAUUUUUAAGACCUUAUUACAAAAGACUGAGUUUCCAGUUCAAAGACAAAGACAGUUAUGAUGAUGAUGAUGAUUCUGAUGAACACGUAUUUGCGGAAUAUGAUGAAAAAAAAGGUGUAGUGUUUUAUCCACCGGUAUAUGUACAGCGGUAUGCCGCAGUCGUAGAUUGUCUUAUGGAUGAACGUUGGUGUGGAAGUUUGGAAAAGGUUGUAGAUUUUGGCUACCACAAUAUGAGUUUCAUAAAAUAUUUAAAGGAUGUACCAGGUUUGAAAUAUAUCCUUGGUGUUGAUAUUGAAACUAUACCAGUUCGAUGUUCUUCUGACCUUCUCGGAUCUGAGAACUAUGUAUCAAAGAGAGAAAGCCCAUUACAAGUAACUCUGUACCAAGGUAAUGCAGCAGAUCCAGACUAUAGACUAAUAGGAUGUGAUGCCGUUAUAGCAAUUGAGUUGAUAGAACAUAUGCUUCCUCAUGAUUUGGAGAGAUUUGUUCAUACAGUGUUUGGAUUUAUAAAACCGAGGGUUGCCGUUAUCACUACACCCAAUGGGGAUUUUAAUGUUCUCUUCAAAGUUCUAGAAAAAAAUGGUCUUAGAAGGCUUGACCAUUUCUUUGAGUGGAGCAGAGAACAGUUUCAUGACUGGUGUAGUAAUAUUGUUACUCGCUACCCACAUUACACAGUUAUGUCUAAAGGAAUUGCUCCUGGACCGCCUGAUACCUUACAUCUCGGAUGUUGUAGCCAACUAGCACUUUUUUAUGCAAAGGAUUAUCAAAAACAGCCUGAUUUAAAUUUGGACAGUCUGGCUCUUGUUGCAAAGGCACCAAGUCCUAAUACUUUAAGUGACAUGGCUGAAAGUUGGGAGACUCCAGAAUCAAUUUCAGACAAUAUGCUGUAUUUAGAAAACAACGAUGAAUCUUAUACCAAAUUAUUAUAUAAUCAGCAGUCUUUUAUGACAAUUGUUAUAACAACACCAUCAUUUUCUUUGGAUAAUCUUGGUUACCAAGACAAGAUAUUGCAAUGUAAUUUGGACUAUGAGUUAGAAAAGAAUUUCUUGUUUGACAAUGAUGUGUACUUAAACAUACUUAUACCGAGAAGGAAAAAGAUGUAUCGAGUGUAUGAGAUAGAAGAUGUUGCGAGCAGAUUGAAUUGCUCAAUGCUGCAAGUAAAGAAAUUCUCAAAAGUCACACUGGGUUUAUUGGCGAAGAAUAAGACUGAUAAUUUUGAUCACACUAGAGAAGUUGUGGAUGAGAUUCGACAUUUGACGAAGAUGCUCAACUUUAAUAAGGAUCAAUCAAACGAAAACAUCCAAAGAAGCAUUUGGUUCAAUAUAAACUGGGGAGAAAACGCACCAUACUGGAACCAGUACUACAAAACUGUUAGAGAAUAUAAUUAUCCUUUUAAGAUUAAAUCAGAUGAAUGCCGCAUCCUAGAUGCUAUAUCAGAGGAAAUCAAUAGACUUAUAGACGUAGAUCAACCUUUAAAUUUCGCAACAGACACGCAGAAGUUAGAAAUACCUAUUCAUCAAUUAAUGGGAGCCGUAGAACAUAUUACAACGGAUGUCGACAAAGUGAGGGAACUUCUCGAGUGGAAUGGAUAUGACGUAGUGGACGAUGUAGUGAUCCAUACUCGACUAACAAUUGACAAUAUCUCUCUCUAUACCCAAGAGGAAGAUUUGCGAGAGGACACUCUAUCUGAUUGGGACACGUCAGAUGUAUAUUCCAAUACAAUAUCAGAAGGUAGUGCGACCCUACCGGAUUAUAAUGGUCGAUGUCUUCGACGUGCUCUCGAUCAGAAAGUCCGUAAACUUCGUAAAUUACUUACCGCGGACGAAGAUAUUACAACGGAACUAGAUCGCAUCGUGUGUCGCUUGAUGAAAUUAGCUCUAUACACAACCAAAGAACGCCAAGACCCACCACCAGCUAGUUGGAUGCAGUGCAAGCUAUUUGAUCUACUCACUCUAACGGAAAAGUCUAUUGAAAGAAGGAGACGACACUACCUUGAGAGCUAUCCAUUAAAUGCCAUUGAAUACUUAAAGAUAUUGUUUCUAAAUAUAACGAUGUCGUCGCGCCAUCAGGAAAACAUCACUGAGGAAGCCUCCUUGUGUCAGAUGAAAAUCUGCAGCGACGUGAUUAAAUAUGCUCCAAACCUUGUCCUUAAAAGAAGAUGCGGCUUUACCUCAGCGGUGAAUGAUAUUAAUAUUGACAAAGCUCGCCAAGGAGCUCAGUUAGCAGAUUUUGAAUUUGAUGAUGCUGUUAGUGUGACAAGUAAUGAUCUAGAAGAAUAUGAUGAUUAUCACAAUGAUAUUAAUUCAAUACAUGCAGUAACAGAAGAAUUUAAGAAUAACGUUAUAAUGUAUCCGUUCGAUGAGGUUCAUGAUAUAAAAACAAUAAAGCCACAAAAUAGUGAUAACAAUGAACGGGGCUCUAGCUGUGAAUCCAAUAAUUAUACAUCUAAUGAAACCCUUCCAAAUGAUGAUGAUAAUAGGAAACUAAAAAGUCCAUUUGCAACUACAACGAAUUUCUCUACAAUAAGCAAUGAUAAAUCUAGUAUACAUUUGAGUGUGUGUACAAAUCAAAAUAAGGCAUUCAAAAAUAAAUCAACUAAAACAAAGACCGUUAAAAGGGUAUCUAGAAAAAUAGUAAAUAGUCAGUACAAAGUUAAAAACAAAAAGACAAAAGAACAUCAGAAGCUGCGAUCAACAUUAUCGAAACCGAUUCCUGAUAGCAUGAUAAAUCUUUGCAACCCCGAACAACACACCGUAAAAGACAUGAAAGGUGUCUGUAUAGAUUCGUCAUUGAAUUGUCAUAUGAGUACUGAGAACUUUAACGAACUUGAAAAACAACGCGACAUAGCCGCUACUGAAGAGAGUUUGUUUGUGGGAAUAGUUUCAGAAUAUGGCGAAGAAUCGAUAGCGCUACGUCGUAAUAUUGGAAUUGAUCCAAUUCUUGAUUUUGAGAUUAUAGAUAACGAAGUGUUGGAAACAGUAAUAAAUAUAUCAAAAGAUGAUGAUUUUCUUUUAAAGGCAAAUAUGGACACAGAAAAUUUAACGCCAGAAAUGAUUUUUAUUUAUGAUAUUAACGAACCGAGUACUUCAAAAGGCGUUCGACAUUUGUCUACAGACGCCCAAUGCGGACCAGAUAAUUCUCUAACAUGUGCAACUAUAUCGGCCACGACUUCAUCAACUAUAAUACCAAAUUUAUUUCCAAAUGGCAUGAAAAUCAACAAUUCAUUUGCUGAUAUACUAGUACAUAAAAGAACAAAUGAUUUUAGUACGUGCACCGAAUUAAUGGACACUGCAUCAAGAAUAGCUGGUCUGCCCAUCGCUACGGGUAUCAAAAUUAAGGAUUCAGAUAUUGACAUUAUCGAUAUGAGUAGAGUUAAAUGCUCAAAAACUGUCCAGGCGAACGAUGAUAAAGAAAUUAAAAAUAUCUCUAAUUCUUAUGAAAGUGCAAAGAAAACUAAACUAGCAAAGCUGGCAUGUAGCCCUCUUAAAAUUGAAAAUUCAGGUUCUGAACUUUGCGGCAGUCUAUAUGGUUUGCCAAGAUCGCCGCCACGAUUUAUUAUUACUUCAAAAAAUGCAAGUGAUAAUGAAAUUAAACUCCUAAGAAAAGAUAAUAAUUUUACUGAGAGGUCUCAGAUGAGCUACGCAAAAAAAAAUUUAAUCUAUGGAGGAAUUCAUGUACACAGCUUUAAAGAGCGAACGAUUUCUGAAGAUGUUGUUUAUCAAGGUAAUUGGGUAAAUUCAACUAAUUCUCAAGAAUUAAUCAAAAGAAGAAAUAUGUUACUAAAAAAUAAAAAAAAAUUAAGUCCCAAAGAACCCACGGAUACUAUUAGAACUUUAGAGAAUUUGGGCGUUUUUAAAUCGACAAAAUGUUGUAUGAAACCAACAAUCAAAAAAAUUAAACUAAUAAAUGAAGGAAACAAAAAGGCUGUCAAAAGUAACAUAAGCAAAGCGGUUAAAUUACACAAAACAAUAGUCAAGGCCACGUCUAUAAUAAAUGUCAGUUCACUAAAUUCACAAAACAGGAAUCAGUUUUACCCCAAAAAUUUCACGAUUGAUUUGAAUUCUAUACGUCGAAACAUUGACGAUAACAAAAGUUGUAGGAAGAAAGACUAUGUGCCCAUGUACAUAAAAAGAAAAAGACAACAUUCAAAUGCGAAUCGUGACAGUAAAAUUAAUUUCGAUCCUAGAGUCAAAAGCUUUGAUAUAAACAAAGCAGCGUUCUUUUAUUCUUUAAGAGAAGAAAUUACAAAAGAAUUACUCAAAUUUACGGAAAAUGUGCAAAACAACAACAAUUAUACAGUACUUCGAAAUGAAAAUGAAACAAAUGACAGUGCAAAUAAGCCAAUUUCAACGACGCCUACAGAAAUAAUUGAAAAUAAUACCUUGAAUUUGAAUCGCAACCCGCCAUCACAAAAUAGUUCUCCAUGUUCAUCGCCUAACAGUGUAGCUACUGUUCGUGCUGUGUUCACACGUAAUAAAGCAUAUCGUAGAGACUCUCCAUCAUCAGAUAGAAGCUAUUCUGGUUUUGAAUCAGAAAAUAAAUCUCUUAAAAUAAAAAAUUGCUCCAAGCGUUAUAAAAGUAAUAAAAAAACGUCUAAUAAGUCAACGGUAAUGUGCAGUAACAAAGAAAAUAUACCGGAAUCAUCAAAAAAUGCUUUUUCUUGCAAAAAAGAUGUUCCAAGAACAAGUAAAUGUGCGUUUGUUGGAAAAACAAAAAGCGUUUUUAUGGCGCAAGCAACAACCGGUCAUUCAAAAUUACAAUUAUCUCCUAACCAACCAACAGUUAUAAAAAAUAAUAAAAAAAAACCAAACACAAUUUAUGAUCAUUCAAAUAAUAAACAAGAUAAUUAUUUAUCUGAUGUGUUAAAUUCUAACAAACUAUUAAAACACAAUUAUGAUUUCGGCAAUAGUCACUCUGAUUGCAAAGAAGAAUGUUCACCUAACACAAGUUCAAAUGAUAAUAUAUCGGACUUACAAUCAAUUGAAGGUGAACCAGUUAAUUCAAACAACGAUAAGAAUGAAAAUUCAGAUGCAAUAGACAGUGUUAAUAACAGUCCUAGCAGGUCUAUGCAUACCACAAGAAGUAGUAUCAUGUCUGCUAUAAGACAGUUAAUAGAACAAAAAAUACACAUUACUGAAUGUAAUUCUAAUGACAGCAUCAUUUCCGGAUCUGAAACUAUAAUACUAAAUGGAGAAGAAAAUAAUAACAUUAGUUUUAAUAGCAGCUUAUCACCGUUAAGUAUUACAACAGUAAUCCCUAAUGAAAACAGCAUAAUAGAAAGCGACAUUGAAAAUUCAUUAGAUGGACUUUCGAAAAUAGAUCAAAAUGACUCACUUUUUAGUUCUCCGGAAGUUAAACCAUUAAUGAAUACAACAGAAAUCGAUUCGAUUUCAUUUAAAUCAAGCGAUUUAUCAUCAAUAUCCACUUCUAAAUUUUCGGAAUAUUAUCUUGCUGACAAUGAACUUGAUAAUGCUGUAAUAAAUGUUAGUUCGGUACAAGACAUAUUUGAUCGGAACGAUAGAGAUAUUAUCAAUAAUUUAGACGGACUUUUAGCUGCACAAGCGUUUAGUGGAUUUUCAAUGAAUACAGAAUCAUUUGUAGGUGAUCGUUUAGAUAGUGUCAACUUAAUUGAUUCUGAAACCGGCAGUCUAGCAUUAGGUUCUGCAAGGCAAGCUGUUUCAGAGGAAUUGUUUGUGUCGAGUCGAUCUUCUGAUACUUACGAAUCAUGUUUAUAUGAAGACGAUAUAUAUGUUCCGAAUUGGCUCUUCAAUAUUAUCAGCCAACAGCCAUCUAUUGCAGAGUCAGAAGUUGAGGACGAUUUUCUUCCUAUGAUUCCAUUAGGAGAACCGGUUUUUGAUGUGAAUGGGAAUGCGAUGGAACCAGGAGUUGGUUUUGGUGCUGGUGCUGGCGAUGGUAGAGGCAUGCACAGUGAUCAAUCCCAAGAUAGUUCCGGCAGGGGAACCUCGCUUAGUUCGAGUGCAACAUCGUCUGGACAAAACGAACCUAUAUUAAUAGAUUUAUCAAGUAUAACUCCUCGAUACACGCAGUAUGUUCAUGAACCAAUGCAUAUUAACGAAGUCAGUAAUAAUAAUGACGAAAUUAAUGAACCUCAUAGAAGUAUUGAAGGGGAUACUGUAAACGACUUACCUGAACGAGCACGGAAUACAAAUACAGUACAAAUUACGAGCGAUGUUGACGCAGAUGUCAGUUCUUUGGAUACGGAUGCAAUUGAUUCUGAUGAUUGAAAUUACUAAUUAUUCUUAAUUUAAAAAAUUCUUGUAAUAUUCUUCAAAAUUAUAAAGUGCGUUAGUGAUUUUGGUUGUUUUCCAAUUUGUGAACCAACUGUGAUGAAUUACGUUAUUAAAUUAUCGUAUCUGGCAAUUCAAAUUUUCUUCUCGACCAAUUAUAAAUUAUUAAAAAUAUAAGUUAUAAAAAUA